AUGGUCGACUUUAAGGGGUUGCACCGGAUCCUCUACGACCCUGAGGCAGACAAGGCGUUCGGCGCCGUGGUGCAGGCAGCCGUCAACAUAGAGGACGAGAUGCCUGGCCCCUCACGUUUGUUCGGCAUUCGGCGCAGAGACGUCACUUUCGGUCGGACCGGCUCUGGCUUCGCUCAGGGCCUCAUCCGCCGAGGUCGACCUCAUAAUUCCGCAGUUGUGGACGAACUAAGCCCAAGAUUAGAAUUCAUCAAGACUCCGUUCUGGUCUCGAGUAUCGCAAGUCAACACAGAGGGUCUCGAGAUUCUCCAGGUCGUACCAGUCGAGAUGUAUGCCGGCGCGCAAGGCACUAUUCUCAUAACUCCUGAUAUAAGUGGACGAGUCUCCCAGCCCGGGUUCUGGGGACAUGUAGGCUCGGUUUUGAGCGACGGGCUCCGUCAGAUCGUACUAGACAAAGAGGGUGACGAUCUCGACGGUUUCUCGCUUGUCAACAAUCGUACAGCAGUCCAUCAACCAGUCGGUGGUAGCUUGCCAGUAAAGGUAUCUCGAUACAUGUUGCCAUUGACCUUGCGCUCGGCUGCCAUCAUGACACCGAUGAGACCAUUCUUUGUUCCGGCCGUCAGCACCCACAAACCGGCGGAAAAUGACCUCGAGGGUGCCCUGGUCAUGGGGAAGCUUAUCACUCCGGGAGUCCCUCUCCAGCAGGACGAGCUUGGUUGCGCCCAGGUUGACCAGUUCCGACCCCUGCUUCUGCUGAAUACCAUUCCUCGAGCAAAACCUGUCCAGCACGGUGAUUCCCUUAGGCGUCAGCUGCCAGACCGAUCCCUUCAUGUUGUACACCUGCUGAUAUUUGCCGUCGGCCGGCUCAACGAAACGGGCAUCGACGAAGCGUUGGCAGAUGGGCCGGGCCAUGUCCUUGGCCAUGGAGAAGGUGGUGGUUGUCGCGGUGGUGACGAUGCGGGAGGGGUCUUCGGGAUCUGGCAUGCGAUUCGACUGGGAGAACUUGAGAGAUCCGAGGUUGUUGAUGGCAUCCUCGGAGAUGAACGUGUACUCGGCCUGGGUCAGUCGGACGUGGUGGGCCGACAGCGGCAAGAGACUGACGACGAGGGUGGAGAGGAGAUCCUUGAAGUCCUAUUGUACAACCAAAGUCAGCCAAUGCUCUGGCGAAAAAGGGGUUGGGGAGGCGGCGUUUCAAAACGGUGGUUGCCGCAUGCCUCGCACGGAACGCUGCACAUCGGCGCAAGAAAAACGGCCAGGCAGUGA